UUUUAAUUCAAAAACUUUACAAGUAUAUAUUACUUAUUAAUAAGAAAUGAUCAUUACAAUUUUAUCUUUUGUUAAUAAAUAUUAUCAAUAUUUAUAUUAUAUUUAAUACAUUAAAUCUUUAUUUUUUUAUUUAAAAUUUUAAAAAAAACAUACUCAUCAUACACACAUGCACUUCAAUAAAACUACACACUAGUCACUAGGAGAAACAAAACAAGACAGAACACUAACCAAAGAUCAGGAAACAGAGAGAGGGGGGAGAGAGAAAUUGGAAACAAUGAAUAGUGUAAUUAAAUAUAUCAUAGUUGAUUUUUUUUGAUUAUUUAAAUAAUGAAACCAAAUAGUGCAUGUUGUUCUUUGUGUGUGUAUGUGUGUGUGUGAAAGAGAGAGGAGGAGGAAGAGAAGAAGAAAACAUCGAAAACGACGACAGCGACGACGACAACAACAUACAUACAUUAUAUCCUAACCUUAGGAGUUUUUUAUUUGUGCUGCACCAAAACACAUAAAUAUGCUUAUAAACAAAUAAAUUUCUUUAGUGUUAACAAUAAAUGUUAAAUAGAAGAUGAAUUUUUAAAAAAAAACCAUGGCAACGAAGUAAUUGUUGUAAAGAGGAGAUGAUAGAGGACAAUAUAUUGUAGGUUACUGUAGGUUAAAAGAAGUAAUAACAUAAAUAAUAUUAAACUUUGAUUCAAUAUAUAUAUGAUGAGAUGAUUAUGAAAGAUUCACUUUUACAAAUAUAAUAAUAAUAAUGGGAGGAAAAAUGUGCACUGACGUCACCAGGGUUAACAAUGAUCAGCAGUAAAAAGAUUGACGAUGGUGUUGACAGUAUCAACAACAACGACACUGCUUGGAAGAAGGAUUAGAAAUAAGCGGUCACCCAUUCAACACACACACAGAGAGAGAAAGAAAGAGAACCGAACACUUAUACAACCUAUCAUUUAAUUGAUUGAAAUAGAAGUAGGACAACUCAAUUAGGAAGACAUACAUAAACACGCACACAAGUAAACAAAAAAGAAAUAAGAUAUCUGAAAGUCGAAAUUCAAGGAGAAACCAUAAGCAGUAAUGUGGGGGGUUUUGUUUUCUCUUUGUUAGUCAACUAUAAUAGAACAUUAUUGUCCAUUACAUAAACAUGGUUUACAGAUGUUCUUUUUUUUCUAUAAAGAAAAACGAAGCGUCUAUCCAACAAGACUUGUACAACAGUAAUACCGAUGAUAAGAUCAAUUAGAGCAUAGAAGCAUCUACUCAUGUAUGCACAAAGCCGUACAGCACUAUUAACACACAACCGACAGUCAUGCGUACGCACACACACACACACACACGAACACACUUUUAUAUAUAUACACAUAAUUCAAUGAAUCAUAAACAUUGUGCGAUUUUGUAUUUAUUUUUCUUUUCUUUUCUUUAAAAUUACAACAAAAAAAAGAACCACCACAGAGAAGUAGUAGAAGUCAACGUUCAAAUGAAUGAAUGAAUGAAUAAAUAAAUCACUGAUCAAAGUAGUACAAUAAUAUCUGUAUAGUAAAUGGUACUACUACGAAUUGUACAGAAAUACAAUAAUAAUAAUAAUAAUAAUAAUAAUAAUAAUAAUAAUAAUAAUAAUAAUAAUAACAAUAAUAAUAAUAAUAAUAAUAAUAAUAAUAAUAAUAAUAAUAACAACAAUAAUAAUAAUAAUAAUAAUAAUAAUAAUAAUAAUAACAAUAAUAAUAAUAAUAAUAAUAAUAAUAAUAAUAAUAAUGACAAGAGGUUAAAACAAGUAAAUAAAGAAGUAAUAACAUCAAUUUUAUCGAUUAUAUUAUUAAAUAUUAUUGAUAAUAGUCAUAGAAGAAAUCGAAUAUAA